AUGAAUGAGGCACUAAAUGGAGAUGAAGGAGAUGAUGUACGCUAAAUUGUAUUGAACUACAUUAAAAUCCGCUAGUCUUGCUAGAAUUUUAGAAGUGUUUAUCGCAUUCUUGGUAAGCAAGACCUGCUAUCUGAUAACACCAAGCUUUUGGAUAACACUUAAAUUCCUUAGAUCGGUAAAGACCUUGAGGAGAGAAAUAAGUUCUUGACUAUUCAAAGUUUGAAAAAACAAGGAGAUUAAUAUAAAAACUUUAACCAGGAGAUUAUCAGACUGUUAGACCCUAGAAAUGCUGAUGAAGCAGACCCUUCUGAUAAGGAAGCCUCUCAAUUCAAGAAGCUUAACAAAAAGAUAGAGAGUCAUCUUUACUUUGAUUAGAAAUACAAUGUAGAUUUCUAGAUAAAUCAGAGAUUUGGCCAAAUGGGAAAUGAAUUGAUUAGAAAGGAAUAUUUAAGAUUGAAGAAUUAGACUAUAAAUAGGAAGAGAGACGAAAAGACUAAAGAUAAGUAAAAGCUUAAGAAGCUAUUCGUCAAAUAUAUAUGA